AGGAGAAAUAAAUGGAGGUGGCUACCACGACCUCCUGCAGUGCUGCCGCUGCCGCUGCCGCACACUACCGUUUCUCUUCUUCUUCUUCUUCACACGCUCCCUCCUCCUCUCCUCCCCACCACCUCACCUCAGCUCACGAGUCACACCAUCUCACCUCGCCUCAAUGCAGUAACCUUCUCGAUCUUCUUUGCUCCGGCCGGUGAGUUAAGGCUUCACCGCCACUCACUCACACAUGAGCUGAGCUAUACACAUAGCUUAAGCUAGCGAGAGAGAGAGAGAGGAGGGUGACUGUGCCGUGCUGCCAAGAGAAGUCUAGAGAGAGGGGGCGGCGCUGCGGCGGCGGCGGCGAGGCCACCAUGGAGGGCGGUGGCAAGGCGGCGUACAGCUACGUUCACCACCACCACGAGGGCAAGCUGCUCAAGAGCGUCAGCCGCGUGGAGCCCCGACGGUUCGGCCUCGGCCUCGUCGCCGGCUUCCUCCUCGUCACCUGCGCCUACUUCUCCACCGCCAAGUUCGACGCCAUCCACAUCGCCAUGAUAAGCUCCCCUGCCAAGAACGCAGCUGGGGUUGGGUCACUGGUGAAUGCUGCUGCCUCUGAUGGCUCCAGCUCCAAGCAGCAACUAGAUUUGGACCGGGAUGCAUUGUCCAGGGAAGGGAGCAAGGCCGAGGUGCUCGACAACGACGACAAGAUUUCCUCUUUGGGGCCAGAUUUGGUCCACAAUGCAUCGGUGGGCGGCGAGAAGAAAGAUGAGACUUUUGCUGAUGCAAGCGUGCCUGCUUCCGGAGGCGGCAAGGAUGAGGAGGUUCUUGCCAAGGAUGGUGACGCACUUGUCGGUGCUGUUCUUCCUCCCUUGUCAUCAGAGGAUUCCACAAACAGCACAGAGGAUUCAGAUGGUCUUGAGGAGGAGGAGCUGCAAGUGCAGGAGGCUGCUGCUAAUCCUCCCCAAAAGAAGAGCAGCAACAAUGGCAGCUCCACCUCUCCCACUGUGGUUGCAUCCGAUCCUGCGACUCUCCCUGUUCAGCAGAUUCCAGUUGCUGCAGAGGCCAAGGCUCCAGUUGUUGAGCAAAUUCCAGCUGUUCCAGAGGCCAAGGCUCCUCCUGUUCAGCAGAUUCCAGCAUUUCCAGAGGUUAAGCGGACAGAGGCGCCGGCGCCGCGGAAGGAGUGGAAACCGCUGUGUGAUCUCUGGUCCAACCGCCGCAUCGACUGGUGCGAGCUCGACGGCGACGCCCGCGUCUCCGGCGCCGACGGCACGGUCACCCUGGUGGCGCCGCCCGGCCCCGCUGACGAGCGCACCUUCCGCCCCGAGUCGUGGCGCAUCAAGCCGUACCCGCGCAAGGCCGACCCGAACGCCAUGCGCAACGUCCGCGUGCUGACGGUGCAGUCGCUGGCUGAGCCGGCGGCGAGCUCGCUGGCGCCGGCGUGCACGGUCCGGCACGACGUUCCCGGGCUGUUGUUCUCCGACCGCGGGUACACCGGCAACUACUUCCACGCGUACACCGACGUGAUCCUGCCGCUGUUCCUGACGGCGAAGCAGUACUCCGGCGAGGUGAAGUUCCUGGUGUCCGACUUCCAGAUGUGGUGGCUCGGCAAGUUCUUGCCGGUGUUCAAGGGCCUCUCCAACUACGAGCUGAUCAACCUCGACGACGACCGCCGCGUGCACUGCUUCCGGCACGUCCAGGUCGGCCUCACCUGCCACGCCGACUUCAGCAUCGACCCGUCGCGCGCGCCCAACGGCUACACGAUGGUGGACUUCACCCGGUUCAUGCGCGCCACCUACGGGCUACCCCGCGCCGUGGCGGGCGGCGGGCGGCGGCCGCGGCUGCUGGUGAUCGCGCGGGCGCGCACGCGGCGGUUCGUGAACGCCGACGAGAUCGUGCGCGGCGCGGAGCGCGUCGGGUUCGAGGUGGUGGUGUCGGAGGGCACCCACGAGGUGGCGCCGUUCGCGGAGCUGGCCAACACGUGCGACGCCGUCGUGGGCGUGCACGGCGCCGGCCUGACGAACAUGGUGUUCCUCCCCACCGGCGGCGUGGUGAUCCAGGUGGUGCCGCUGGGCGGGCUGGAGUUCGUCGCCGGCUACUUCCGCGGCCCGUCCAGGGACAUGGGGCUCCGCUACCUGGAGUACCGGAUCACGCCGGAGGAGAGCACGCUGAUCGACCAGUACCCUCGCGACCACCCCAUCUUCACCGACCCCGACGGCGUCAAGUCCAAGGGCUGGGUCUCCCUCAAGGAAGCCUACCUCGACAAGCAGGACGUUCGUCUCGACAUGAAGAGAUUCCGGCCAAUCCUCAAGAAGGCCAUUGCCCAUCUCCGGCAGCACAAAAGCAACAACAACACCACACUCCACUAGCCAUUUCGAUUUCUCAAUCGAUCGAUCGACAUGGAUGAUGCACCAAUGUACACCAUCUUCUUGAUCUCUCUUCUUCUUCUUGUACUACCUCUCACUCUCAGCAGUAAUUAAGUAGAGUGUAGCAGCAAGCUGAUCGACCAAAUGCAUGAUGUUUCAGGGAAAGGAGAUCAGCAGCAUACUAUAAUCAUCUCUUUGUUUUUUU